UUCGGCUGCUUCGCAUCCUGCUUCCUAGAAAUCCUACUUCCACCCCAACGUCCUUUGUCAAUACCGACGCAUCUCUCCACACCUCAGCCAUUUGAGAGGUUGUUUCUGUUCGUAGGCUGCAUCUGCAGUACGAAUCGCCUUCGGCAGCGCAGGGCGCGAUGGCAGGAGCUGAGCAAGGAGCAGGACGAUGUUUGACAACACGCAGUACCCCUAUAACUGCUUCAAUUACGAUGGGGACGAUUAUCCUACCUGUAGUUCUGACGAAGAGAAAAAAUUCACCAGACCGGCGUACAGCUACAUUGCCUUAAUUGCAAUGGCCAUCCAGCAAAGUCCUUCAAAUAAAGUCACCCUCUCUGGCAUUUAUGACUUUAUAAUGAAGAAAUUUCCUUACUACAGAUCAAAUCAAAGAGCCUGGCAGAACUCCAUCCGACAUAACUUAUCGCUUAACAGUUGUUUUGUAAAGGUUCCCAGAACAGAAGGGAAUGAGAAGGGGAAAGGAAACUACUGGAGCUUUGCGACGGGAUGCGAAUCCAUGCUGGAUCUCUUUGAAAAUGGGAAUUACAGGCGAAGGCGGAGGAGGAGGAACGUGAAAAGGGAACAUAAGGAGCAGAGACCAAGCAGAGGGAAAAGUCCUUCAUCCCCCGAUCUGCCUUCUGUGGACUCUGCUUUGAACAUUUCCUCUUCUGAAAGUAAACACGAAAGAAUCGAGUCGGGCCCGAGACUACUGGAGCCUCGUGGGUUUGCUCCGAGCAGCGUGACCCCCAGGCAGAGCCUGAGCAAUUCCUCCUUAGCAAAAUCGGAUUCCGAAAUCAAAUUCAGCAUCGAUUACAUCCUUUCAGCCCCCGACCCUUUGCCUGUCCUGAGAUCUCAGUAUAAUGUGCAAGAAAAUAAAUAUCACCUACUGGAGGCUCAGCAAAUUAAUCUCCAGUUCUGGACAAUGUGAUGGUAUUUGGUGGUGGUGCCGAAGCCCGAGUCGCAGCGUGUUCAGCAGCCUCACGCCACCGACACCAGCCGCCUGCCUCCCCCCUUCCUCCCCACGCAGCCCCCGGAAGGGGUUACCCACUCUCCGGCUCGUUCCCUGCCGGUACCCAAAGAACUGUGCCAAGAUUGAAGCGUAAAUAACAGUUACCAAUAUCGGUUUUCACUACGCUGAACUUCAUGAAAUUCUAGCUCUGUUUGCUGAACUGUCGUGGACAUCGUUUAACACCACAAGAAAUUUCCUCUCUCAAGCAGAAUCCGACAGAAAAGAGACUUACUUAUCACCCCUUGCUUUGUUAAAGACAAAGUGAAUUUGAUUCCACUUUCACUGGUGGAAAUUAGGAUUAAUUCCGCUGAAGUAUAUAGGUCAGAACUUAAGCUGAUCUAAAGCAGUGUAAUUCUGUCGAUUUACACUGGCUGAGAAUGUAAGGGGGGGGGGGGGCUUUGUUUUCUUAAAAGGAAUCACAGAAAAUCACUGUCUUCCCUUAUUUUUUAUUUUAACAUCAUAUUUCAAACAGUUUUGCAGCUUUAAUUCAUCAUUAAUUAGAAAACAUAGUUGUUAAUAAGUGUUUAAAGUAUAUUUUUGUUGCUAUUCGGGGCAGAGUUGUUUAAACUGUUGAAGUGAAGCCGUACUCAAAAUAACGCCAAGAAAGCUAAUUGCAGGGCUGCUGAACUCGGGGAGACUUGGGUGGGAAACGUGACAGAGGCGUAGGGCUUCUCCUGCCUUGGCUUUACACAAACACCCCCAACUUCUCCCCUUGUGCUACCGUAAAGCUCCCUGAGAUGCUGCAGGGAAGCCCCUGAACGUGUUUCGUUCAGCAAGCGUGAGGGCAGACCGGGCUUUGCAGGAAGCUGGAUCCAGUGUUGGCCAAAGCUAAAAUUCCAGCUCCCGGCUUUGAGACAAGUUGUAUGUUCCUGUUCAAUAGAUCUUUACUGAUCCUUCUUGCAAGCACUUACCAAAGUGAUACUUGAUACGAUUGCAGCAAAGCUGCUGAGGUUUAUCAUUUCCAGGCAGCGAUGUUACACCAUGAGCCCCGUUUCUGUAGAAAGCCUUUUCAUUUCGUCACCAUUUCCGUGGUAUUCCAGAACGGAACCUGACGGACAAUGAUGAACUGUAACCAGCAUUUAAGAACUUGCUUUUACACAACUCGUUCAGGAUGAAUUGCUUCCCAGCACCUAACGGCAGCAUUAGAAAAGACUCCGCAAAGCCUUGGGUUCGGCUUGGCAGCUACAAUCUUCGCCUCGUGCGGAUGAAAGGAAGACAGACAAGGAUCCUGGUGGUUUUAAGCAAUUAUAUACAGAGAGAUAAAAUUAUCUUUGCAACAUGAACUAAAGGUAAAUGAAGGUAUACGAGAUAAGACUAAGCAAAAUUGUGCUAGAGGUAUUGCUCAGGCAUGACUUGAAUUUUUAUGCAGAAGCUUUGACAUUUCACUAAGUUAUUUUACGUUGUGUCUAAUAUAUACUGUACAUUUAUACUAUAUAUUCUUAUAUAAUGUUAUUGAGAAAGGGAGCAAUAUCACUGCACUUAUAUGUUGUAAAACUGCAUGAUGUAUGUUGUCACGAUGCUGAAACUCCUGCCAUAUGCUUAAAAUUUACCAUCAGUGGUAUUUCACACUGAUUGGUAAUAAAUGCUCAUUUUUUGGAAAACUAUAAAACUUGCUAUCUUCGGGCAUUUCCACAGCAUGCAAAACUCGGCGCUUCUUCUUCAGAAAAGACAAAAAUGGAAAAUCCCCUCAGUUACAUGGCUGCAUGUCUUCCAAACUUUGAAGGUAUGAUUUCUUGUGACCGGAUUCUGCCGUCAGACGGGAGCUUUCUGUGAAUCCGUGGUUACUCUGGGCGACAAUCUGAAAGCAAAAUUUGGCUCUUUAGACCUGAUUCAUCUGCUGUUUACAUUGACGUCAGAAAAACCUCUGGGGUCACUGGGCAGAGGGAUUCUCAUUUGAAGAGGGACGAGAAUUUGCUCCUUUAGUAUUUAUGGUAGUACAUAGAUGUGGGAAGGGCAUGUCCUCAUUUAGUCCUUCGAUGUGUGCAUGCGCUCCCUGGUGGGUUGGGAUGUGUGCCCCUCCAGCGUCCUGCCUGCAUUUAUAUAUUCAUGCUUUAUACGCGGAUUCUUUUCGUGAUUGUUUUAAACAUGGCAAUGCUGCUGUUAGGCUGAUAGCUAUUGUCCCCAUCUGCAGUAUAUUUGAAAUAUAUAUAUAUUUU